GAAUAUCAUUCGAUUUUGGCUCAAUCGACUGGUCAUACGUGCGGUCGGUCGAUCAAGCCCAUGCCCAGCCCUUCUGAAAGAACGCGUCCGAUGCUUUUUCCGACCGUUACGGUCAACCCAAUGAUGCUCGGUGACAAUGGUGCAGACAUCUUUGUACUGUAAAAUCAACCGAUGAGUGUUGAAUGAUUCAAUCUGUAUUUGUUUGUUUACUGUUGUGUUCUAGCUAGCUAGAGAGCCUGCUAGAGAGGUAGUUCUAUCAAGUGGGUACAUCGUCAUGUUGUCGCGCCACCGUCGGAAGAAGAACAAGGAUCGAAGCCACGCCGAAAGCCACGCACCACCGGAGGAAUCCGCCAGCAGCGUGCCAGUACAGGUUCCAUUAUUGAGCCCCAUUGCUUAUUCUCCCAUCGCCAGCAUCAAUGCUCAUGGUGAUCCUUUGGCCCUCUACGCCGCGCCCACAGUGGACACGCUAGACGAUGAAAGUUUGUUCUUGGGACGAACCUAUCAACGAAGGCAUCUCAGUGACGAGUUUGAUGAGGGUGGCGUCACCAGACACCAUGUGUCCUUCACUCCAUUGAGUGUGGACGCCAGCACUAGCAUGCAAGAUCGACAAUACAGCUAUCGCCAUACGGCUCAUUCUCCGACCAAACGAAAAGAAAAGCUUCAGAAUGUGCAGGAAGAAGACGACGAACGAAUGCUGUCCAGUAGCAGCAAGACUUCCAGAAGCCGACAACCGCAUUUUCGUGGGGACUUUCAACACAAAGAUGAAGCCAUGACGGUGGCCAUUGUACCCGUCAAUGUAGACCAACGAUCCGCAUUUGAACUCUGCAAACCAGUAUCCAUUGAAGAAUGGCACCGAGCAGCACAGCAACUCGAAUCACAACAAAAGAAUAGCAACUCCAAGGCACACAAAAAGUUGUCACCAUCCUUGCAGCAUUUAAAGUUGCUACAUUACAUGCAAUCGGUACACUCCAUUCGACAAUUGGCAUUCAGUCCCAGUGUAGGAAUUGACAGUGACAUUUUUGUACCCUGGUGGAAAGAGGCAUUGCCGCAAAAGGAAGAGACGACUACUGGCGAAAACAACAACACAAACAAACAACUCAAAAGACGCACUAGCAGUCUGGCAGAUCUGCAGCAACGAGAUGGUCGCUAUCGAUCCAUUCACCCCGUCCAUGCCACCGUGUCUGCAUUGCCCACGGUACCUCCCGCUCUUUCCAAUCGAAAGACAAGAAUACCCAUGCGCUCGGAUGUGGGGUUCCCAGGGGCAUCGGAAGAUGAAAUCAAAAUAAAAACUGCCGAAAUCAAUCACGAAACAGAAUGGGAACAAGCCAGUCCUAGAAUCAUUGUCUUGGUGACCAGCGAUGAUCUAGGCACAGCAGUGGUGCAAGAAGAUUGGAGUGGCCACAAUAAGAUCUCACCUGAACACGAGCAAUGGAAUAGUGGUGGUUUAGAAGGAAUGCCAUGGGCUGGAAGAGACCUGCUGCGAGCCAAGGAAAUGAAUGCACUGCACUUUUCCAAAAAGACAUCCAUUCUCUUGGCCGCGGACAGCACCCAUGAUUGUACCACUACGGCAACAUCGACAACCGCGUCAACAACCACCACAUCAUCACACACAAUGCGAGGAGUCAGCAGAAGUGAGGAUAAAAAGAAACGAAAGAUGACAAAGAAAAGACUGCUGGAGCCAAACCGAACAUCGGUUCUAGCGCCACCAUUGGAUGCUAGCUACAGUAAAACCUUGGGGUGGAGACCGAGGCCUUUUAGUGACCGAGCCGCAGGCAUGGAAUACUUGCUGUCGUGGCCCUUGAAUGUAUCUUUUCACAUUGGAGAUGUUGAGCCACUUUUGUGUUCUUUGGCUCUGUAUAACUUACCAAUCAACAACCAUCAGGAAGAUCUAAACGGUACCGGUCGCGCGUAUGGAAAGAUUUCGGAAGAAUUCUUCUUUCCAGCAGGUAAUUGGGAUGGUAAAGUCGAGCUGGAUCCGUCCUACCUGCAGUUUCCUAACAGUGCAACCGCAGAUACGACAGCUACUGCUACGGAGAAGGACCUGAUGCAGUCAUGGUCGGACAAGAAACACAAGGCAAUCUUUUCAUAUGAUCCUUUGGUUAUUUGUGGAGACAACACAUGUCUCUUUUGGGUCUUGCAAGUCUUCAAGGUGGCCAAUGAAGAAUCAACUUUGGCUUACCUGCAUCAUUCCAAAAGCAAUGGAGGGGCCAACGAAAACUAUCAUCACUCCAAUAGAAGAACCAAUGGUGUCACAAGACUUUUUAAAAGCAAAUCCAAUUCAUCUUCAAAGACAAUGCGUAGUGGUACUCCCACGGAUGCCGACCAGGAGAGUGCUGGCUCUUUCUUUGACAAGUUUGGAACCAAGUUCAUGUCACCGUUGGCCUUUGGAGUGACGAGUGUGUUGCAGAACAAAGCUGCUCCGGACGACGACGAAGAGGAGGGAAAAUGUGCCAUGGACUUUCCAAAGGGAAGAGGACACGACAUGGAGUUGGUGGCAGCGCCGUCGGUACCUGAAUCGCAAGAGGACUUUGUUCAACGGCUUUCAAGACUGACCAUGGCUGGUUCCGGAGGAGAGAAGUGGAGUCCUUCGUCGUCUCUGGGAGGUCGGUCGGCGCAAAAGCAACCGGAAACUGUGGAAGCAUUAGAAUUGGCUUCUGUAGCUUCCUCUGUUUCAGAUCGUUCAGGGCAUGUUGAUUUCUCACACCAAAUGAAAAACUGCUUGAAUAUGGACAAGAGUGGGUCCAACGACUCAAAGCGCAGAGCUGCUUCUCCUGCUACAAGGAGGAAGAAGAAACACAUCACAAAGCGAAUCUGGAUGUCUCCUGUAAAGGCAACACGAUCGAUUGCGUCUUCGUCCUUCUCGAGCCCCAACAAAACCAGCAAGGCGACUCGCGCUGACUCACAUGAAGGAGGAAAUGACGGUGCACUCAAGAUUUGCGAAACGCCUUUGGUGGGAACAACCAGGAUCUUCACGUCGGUACUAACUGCAGACUGGCUGCAGGCCAUGCUAAAAGAACCAACUGACGCGAGCGGGGUCAAGCUUUCCCGACAGCCGUCACCAACACAAACCAAUAGCUCCAAUUUGCCUAGGCUUCUUUGCGACGUCUCUGGAGACUUUGCUGUCAUGCUCGAGGCGAAGGGUGCAAGCAGCAAACGGUCUAGUUUGUCUAGGCUUCCAUGUCACACAAAGCCAGCAGGUUAUUCUGCGAGUUCCGAAAUACGAGAAGUGCUCUUCUUGCCUGUUCGAGCCGAGAAGACAUACGAUGUCGACAUUCCGCAUUCGUUCCGAUCCCUCAUGAACUUGCUUUAUCUAUACCCCAAAUUGCUGCGAUAUUCACCCGAUCAACCACAGCAGAAUGGAAGCAAAGCCAAAAAGCACCAACGUCGGAAAAAGUACUCAAUUCGCACCCGUCUUGUACGGACAUCCAUGGACGUCGACCAGAAUGGGAAGAUUUCGUCCUCGACAACGGCGUUAGGAGCAUUUCACAGCCCUACUCCUUGGACCGGGCCGGCUCUUUUGGAAGAAGUGUAUACCAAGUUGCCGGUGUUUCGUCAGCACAAGAACGAGAGCCAAACUAAUGGCAAGACCGAACAAGCGAUGAAGGACGAAUUGAAGCUCCGUCUGCCUCAAAUCAUGGAUGGAUCCUACUUUUUGCAAUUCACAUUGUUUGAAAUAGAAGCGGAAGAGAAGAACGAAAAGCACGAACUUUGUGCGCGCCCCGUUGCCGAGAACUCCAUCCCUCUCAGCACUACCACCGUAAGUGACUCUGCUGGGGGCCAGAAGGUCGCAACUGUGAUUCCAAAUGGAUGCCACCGCAUUCGGCUAGGCGACUUUAAGUUUUACAUCGAGAGUCGACUCAUCAGUUCGAUCCAUAUCGGAGACCCUGCCGUCGCCGCCGCUGUUCGCGACUUUCCUGCUUCCUCGACUCAGGACGCGCAAGGGGAGGGACAAAAACUUCAAGACACGUCCACGGUGACCUUCCCAUCAUCUUCGUUCGCGAAUGCAUCAGACGGAACCUUGGUCGGGCAUUUUCAUCUUUUGCUUUACGUUCAUCUCAGCAAUUUGCUGAGGAUUGACCCGACCCAACAAUUGUUUGCCGCCUCCGACAGAGUUGAAUUUGUGCAUAGCAUUCUCUUUAGUUUGUUCGAAGUACUGAACAAAGUGAAGGCAAGACUGGAUGGCACACGCCUUGCUGCCAUGAUUAAGAAGGUAGCAGACGAUUUCGAAGAAGACUACCUGACUUUGUCUGACUCGGAGAGCUCUGGUUACAAAGCAACCGAGGAGCAAGCUACGGAUGCAGGCUCAGAAUCAAACGAUUUGAAGGAGUUGCACACAGAAUCGGCGGCCGAAGAGAGCGGUGUGAUGGAAUUCGAGGAUGACGAGGACGAUCCCUUGGAUGAAGGGGCUGUUCGCUGGAAGCAAAAGGAUUCGUUGAAGACAGGCAUUGAACGACGGCUCACAAGAAGGGCUUCAAUAGGGGCCGACGUUUCAUCGAGCGCAUCCAUUUUUCGUGUGGCAUACGGAGCCAGCAAAACGGAUAGGCUCAAAAUAGAGGCAGAGCUGUACUACAGCGGCGGGGGCCGACGAUUCAGCCAUCUGUUCGACGACGACGAAACCAUUGUUACGGCAGGAACGAAACAACACCUUGCCUCAGUCAGAGGCCAGAAUGGGAGCAAACUUUUCACCAUCGACCAUAGUAAAAGCUUCUCGGAUGAACUACUGCACGCUGAGAAAGGUAUCAACGCUUCAUCGGCGGCUGCAACUCCUGCAGCCGGUGCGCAAGCUUCGAAAGCCACCGGAGACUUUGCAAACAGAGUAAAGACUGUUGCAAAUGUCAUGCUUGCGCCGUGCGGCGUCGAGGUUGGGAAGACAACUUCUCCACGACGAAUUUCGCUAGACUGUGGCAGGGCGUCGCGGAGACGGAGAUCUGCUGGGAAGGCUAUGAAGAGUACAGAGAAGUCAGGAGAACCGUCUGACGAACUUGGGCACAAUCGUGACACGUUUGUAUUUCCUGGAUCUGAUAAUGAAGAAGACGACGACUUCGAUCCGUCCCGACGGAAAAAGUCUAGGUAUUUCAAGUUUCGAGGCUUUGGUCUUCAUGCUCAGAAACCAUGGACGUUUUGUGCGAGUCAUCGAGGGGAUCAAUUAGGGGCUGGAUACAUCUACGAAUCUCUUUUGUUACUGUGGAUACAAGCUUGGGAAGAUCACAAGCGCGACGAAGGCUCGAAAAGGGCUCUUCUCGGUUUCUGCCAGCAUCUUGACCUCUUGUUACCCCUCUGUCUGAAGUCGGUAUGUUUGAGGCUCGAAGAUAGUCCUGAUCGUGCUAGAGCAAUCUUGGAUGAAAAACAUUUGGUUGCUCUUGAGCAAUUUUCCAUGGUCCUUGCCAAAAGCAUCAUGUUGGCGUACUCAGAGAACUUCGACCGAGAUAAUCAGGACGCUACUUUGUCACGGGCUCUUGCAGCUUCCGAGGGCAUACUGGAUUUCUUUGCCGGCCUCUUUGCGGUGCUACACCCUGAACACAUGCGAUGUAUACUUGAAAGCUACUUCAGGGCUCUUGGUGAAUGCGAGAAUGAACAUAUCAGAGAAAACCGCGACGGUCUGCUGGAGUUUGACUGGACAGAACAUGGCAUUCACAGAAUAAGACUGUCUCGACAGCUCAGACUACGCGCAGUGGAAAAGUUCGCUGUCUUGCCCUCUUUCCUUGCGCUCAACUUCCCCCUAAGAUAUUCUUCUGACAAUCAAUUCUUUACUCCGGGCAUCAGAGAUAACGAAGGCGAUUCAACUUGGAAGGUCCAGUACAGCGAUCGUGAUGCACCACCAAAAAGUCGACAAACACAAGAGUACCCUUAUGUUUCGAGUAGCGAGGAUGGGAAGUUGCCGCAAAGCGGCUGGUUGGCAUUUCUUCUCGCAAACGAAGCUUUGUCUGUUUGCGCGCUCUCGUGCGAAGCUGUCGUAGCGGAGGCGAUAGCGCACAUCGGACACGCACAGAACAAUGCCAACAACAAAGGAGGGGAAGGGGAAACUCAGCGCAAGCUGCAGCUGGAGCGUGGUGACCUGCUCAUGUUUCAGUCACUGGCCAUUCACGCAAUUACUGCAACAUACGAGCUGCUUCUGCGCCGUCAUGCCAUGGACCUUAGAUUUCAAACCAACUCUUCAAGAGGACGAAUCGCUGCGUUGUACACCGAAUGCUUGUUCACUCAAUCUCUGCAAAGUGUUCGAUGGCUAGCUCGGAUGGAGUCCACGCACAAAGUCCGCUCCGUCUGGAUGUUAUGCGUCGUUUAUUCUCUGCAAGAGACGCCUGAAGCCUUGAUUCGCAGUCUUGUCAGGUCCUACUGUGAUCCUUCGGACAUCCUUAUCCACCGUUUCAUUCGACUCCUGCGCCUUGCAAGCUCAACGCUACAAGCAUUUGUUGACCAGCCUCGCCACAGUACGUAUCCAGCAGAAAUAGACGAAGCCAUUUCUCCAUGGCUUCUUCAGGAGAGUUUCAAUACCAUUUGCGCCGCAACCAACCUUGUCGUCGAAGAAUGCGUGAAGCUCACCGAGUCAAAUCCAAAAGAGCAGAGAAAAAUGAUUCACUCAAUACUCGAUCUUUUCCUGCACAUCCUGACGACACCGCAAUCAGCGGUUACUCAUCUUCGGGCGCUGGGCGGUGCUUUGCAGGCUCUGGAUCAGUUUGGCAUCAAAAUGUUCCUAAGUGUCGUUGAUGACAACCUGCAGCACUGGGUCAGAGUUAUUCUCGGACUGAUGAAUAGUACCUCUCUCUCGGUGCGGUCAAUCAGCGUUGACUUUGUACUGUCGCUUCUUGGCAGCGCGUUUGAUAUGUCUGGAAACAUUGACAGCAUCCUCCUGGUGUUUGCGGCUGUCUUGCCUGAGGUUGCGGCUCGAGAAAUUGGUCUUUUCAGUGUUGAUGGCUUGGUCUCAACAUUUGAGGAUAUCGAGCGUUCUCUCUGGGGCCUCCGCCGCAGUUUUCAAGAUUUAGAGGAUGCGAACCCUCUCGACGACGACAGGAUUGACCCGGAACUGCUGCCAGUGCUCAAGCCGUUUUGCCGAGCCAUGCAAGCAAUUCUUGACAGCGUGUUGAUUGAGUUGAGAUUGCGUGACAAAAAGUGCACAAUAGUUGGAACCAGGAUAAAUUUCUCUUCUUCCAAGGAAUCACUUGCGUUUGAUGCAGAUGAAGAAAGUGUAUGGGAAGCUGCGAGCUAUUUUGUUGCGGAGACUGCACCCCUGCAACGCAUUCGUUGGCUUCUGACUCUGAAGGCGUUGCACGAAUCGAAGGGGCAGUGGCUAGAGGCGGCAGAAACCAUGAUUGCAUGCGCAAAUACAAUCAGCGACGCGAUUCCUCAUCUAGACGAAGUUUGGAGGCCAUCUAGGUUUCUCCUUUGGUCCGAUUCUCGACGAUCCACUUGGUUGUCCACAGUGGGAGAGGACAUGGGGCACCCAGACCGUGGGAACGCCGCAGUGGUGGCCUUCUCGGAUGAAUUCUUAGAACCAGCUUCGAUUUUGGGCGUUUCAGAUCCCCGCACAAAGUCGACCAAGCUUCGACAGCCCACUUUGCCUGCCAUGUGUACGAUGCUUACCACUGCGGGCAAGGAGGCUGUGAAGUUCUUUCUGAUGGAAGACGGUGUGGACCAAAUAGCUUAUGCUCGCUUGGAGAAGCUGCUUACAACAGUUGUGAACGUUCUAGGGGAACAUGGGACGCUUGACUCAUUGUACGAAUCCCGUACCAUGAUGACACCGGAGGCAAGGAAACGCCACGUCGAAGAAGUAGCGGCACUCCGACGAGUUUCGAUUAGUCUCAGUGCGGACAUGACUCAACUUGCUGAACGGCUCUUGCUGGUGAUUCAAGAUGAACCGACCAGAAACCACAACAACAAUGGUGGAAAAGUUCGAGAAUCCAUGACAGUGCGUCAUAGUCAAGCAAUCAAGCGACCCUUCUACGUACUGGUCACAAUGUCGGGCGCCAAACCUCCUCGUUUCCAAGAGAGCACCACGCUUCCCACAUUUAUCGAAUGGAAUACUCCGUGUGUCAUUCGUGUUCAACAACAACUUGUCAAUGCUGCUCGUCGAGCUUGUAAAGAUGACUUUGAAAAGUUAUCAAAGCAUUUGUGCGCAGUGGUGGGCAAAUCGCUUCAACAAGCAAUUGCAAAGCCCCACCCCGUCGACUUGCGAGUGGGAGCAGAUCACGAUCACGGCACUAACGGGAUUAGUGACGUGGGCAAAACAUACAUUGAUGUAGUGUUUUUGCAUACGGAUGUUGAAUCUGUGGGUCUCCCAUUGGAUGCUACCGGCCCUGGGGUUCGAGAGUCGAAGCGCUUCUUCUAUACGAAGUCAGACCCCCUUGUUUCCCUCCCAGAAAAGAGCGAAACCGAGAGAGCAACAACGCUGGUCGAGGUGACAGUGGCCCACACUUUCCCUUCCGUUCUUUCUCGCCAGCGAGCUUUGCUCACGAGCUUGAUUUUGCCCGAUGGGUGGUAGUGGUGACAGUUCCGACUACUUUGAGAGAAGGAACUGCUGCGACUGGUUGGCCAGGAUGCCCUUCCCAAAGGCAGUUUACUGCGUGAAACAACCCCAGGGUGUCGAGUAUGGUUUGUUGCCCUACCAGCUUUGGAGCGGCCUGGGACUGUCCACAUUGCCAAGUUUCCGCCUUCUUCCGCUCGCUACAAUCAGCUGCCUACAAGCUGAAGGCUGGCAAAGUGAUUCGAUCCGUGUCUUCGCUGACAUGGCCAUCUGCACCUCCAUACCACUUUGAUACUUCGAACAGCUCUUCUAACACCCACCGGUACCAUAGCAGGGUCCGCCAAUAACAUUUUAAGCCUGCACACAUGGUUAGCCAAGUAGCAGGAUUGUUUGGGUUUAGCUUCUGGGCAGACUACUACGCAUCGGACUGAUGGUACAGCGUAUCUGCCCACUGGGGAAGCCCCAGUAGUGAGUUUAGUAAAGAGUAGAGAGGAUCUCUUGAGGGUAUAAAAGUAAGAGGAUUGAUAAAAACCAGGGAUGGAUAGAGUUGUGUUAUGAGUUCAAU